AUGAUUGACGAGCUGCUGUUAGGCUACAACUGCACCACGUUUGCCUAUGGACACACCGGAACUGGCAAAACGUACACAAUGUCUGGAGAAAUGGCCGAAGAGUUUGGGCUUUUGUCCGACAAUGCAGGGAUUAUCCCACGCACCCUCUACACGAUAUUCGACCAGCUCAAGGGAAGAGAUAGCACUGUCAAGUGCUCUUUUAUCGAGCUAUAUAACGAGGCCUUGCGUGAUCUUCUCUCUGAUGAGGAAGAUACGAAACUGCAAUUGUUCGAAAGCGAACGGAAUGGCACCAAUGGAAAUGUAUUGGUGAAAGGAAUGCAGGAAUCAUACAUUGGUUCUCCAUCAGCUGGCCUUCAGCUACUCCAGAUGGGUAGUCGGAAACGACAGGUGGCAGCAACCAAAUGCAAUGAUCUGAGUUCCCGGAGUCAUACCAUUUUCACGAUCAAUGUGCUCACCAGGACUAGCAAUGAGUCCGUUACGUCUGGGAAGCUGAAUUUGGUGGACCUGGCCGGCAGUGAGAAUAUUCAACGCAGUGGUGCCGAGAACAAGCGAGCUGUCGAAGCCGACCAAAUCAACCAAAGCUUGCUAACGCUUGGACGGGUCAUCAAUGCAUUGGUCGACAAAUCUUCUCAUGUUCCAUACAGAGAGUCUAAGUUAACAAGGUUACUGCAAGAUUCCUUGGGUGGGCGGACCAAGACAUGCAUAAUUGCUACUGUCUCGCCUUGUCAGUCAAGUCAGGAAGAGUCCGUCUCUACAUUGGACUACGCAUUUCGGGCCAAAAACAUCCACAACAGACCGCAGAUGAACAGCCCCGUUCCAAAAGAUACAUUGCUCUCAGAGCUCGCUUCGGAAAUUGAGAAUCUUAAACGCAAUCUGAUCGCGACAAGGCAUCGAAACGGGAUAUACAUGACUUCCGACGCGCAUGAAGAGAUGAUCAAAGAAAAUGAGUCCCGACGCAUCAUCAACGAGGAGCAAAAGCAGAGAAUAGAAGCCUUGGAAUCAGGCCUCCAACGCAAAGCAGAAGAGCUGCUCGAACUGUUGCGUCAAAAUCGAAAUUAA